CAGGGUUUUCCUCUGCGGACAGCACCUGGCUUCCGGUCAAUGAGAACUACGGCGCCAUCAACGUGGCGGCCCAAGAAGAGGAGAGCCUGUUGGACUCCCAUCUCAAGAUUGAUCGGAUGCUGCUGGCGGUGCGGAAAACUGACGCCGUCCGCUUCGGCUCCAUCGUCUUUCCGGAUGAGUUCAUAGCAACUGACACACUGGUGUUUUUCAGGACUUUAAACCAGCCAGGAACUUCAUCUUACGCUGUUCUGAUCAACUUUUCUGAAACUGACAAGGAAAUACCCUUGGGACAAGUUUCAGGAUUUCCAUUGGAAGCCUUAGUAGUCACAAGAAGCAGUGGCUCUUCGAAUCUUGAUACUGCCCCAGGCUCAAUUGUGCAGACAAGCAGCCUUCUUCUGGAACCACAUCAAGGCAUUGUGAUAGAAUAUGAGAUAUCUCCUUACAAAGAUUUCCGACUACUCGUUCUCCUCCUCUCCUUCUUCAGUCGAAUCAAUCCCCACCUCUUCAUAGUCCUUCUCCAAGGCGGCCAAAUCCUCGCGAGCCUCAGAAAACUCGCCUUCUUCCAUGCCUUCACCCACGUACCAGUGAACAAAGGCACGUUUGGCGUACAUCAGGUCAAACUUGUGAUCGAGUCUGGCCCAGGCCUCGGCAAUGGCAGUAGUGUUGGACAACAUGCACACGGCUCGCUGCACUUUGGCCAAAUCGCCGCCGGGCACGACUGUGGGCGGCUGGUAGUUGAUGCCGACUUUAAAGCCUGUGGGGCACCAGUCAACGAACUGGAUCGUGCGCUUGGUCUUGAUGGCGGCAAUGGCGGCGUUCACGUCCUUAGGGACAACGUCGCCGCGAUACAGCAUGCAACAAGCCAUGAGACACGCGAAGAUUUGGACCACGCACAAAAUGUUCGGAGCCAUUUUCCGGACGCGCCGAAGAAAGAUGGAGAAUGUGCAGAUCCGCAGGGGAACUCACCAACAACAGACGGCUCCAAGUCAACGAAGACAGCUCUUGGAACGUGUUUGCCAGCCCCUGUUUCACUGAAGAAGGUGUUGAAGCUGUCAUCGCCUCCUCCAAGAGUCUUGUCGGAAGGCAUUUGUCCAUCCGGCUGGAUGCCAUGCUCGAGGCAGCACAAGGGAGAUCUCGGGAAGCAACGACCGCGAUGGAGAGCUACCACUGUAACGAACGGAGCACUCUUCACAAAGCCAAUCGGCUGGAUUCCGGAAAAACCUAUGCAUAAACCAUUAAGAACAAUUGAAUCAUUCGUGAAAAUGGCACAACCUCAUUUCCACUCGGCACAUAAUCGGGCAGCCCAUCCUGCUCGCGAGAAAGAUCUGCGCCAGGUUGCCGAUGCCCCAGGAACA